AUGCCAAAAUCAUUUAGCAAGUACUAUUUAUUUCUGAAAUUCGUCGAAAAUAAAUGUUUCAUAUUAAGGUGGCGAAACGUCCAACUUAAGUCAGUUUGUCUCAGCAAGAUGGCGAACGCCGUCACGAGAGUAGUCUUGCGCUGCGAAGAUGCACAAGAAACUAACAAUCUUGAUCUAUCUGAAUGCCAGUUAAUGCAAGUACCUGAUGCAGUUUAUCAUUUAAUGAGACAUACAGAAUUAAAAAGAUGUAAUCUAUCUGGAAAUGUAAUAACAAAAAUUCCACCAAAAUUUGCAAUCAAAUUUUCAUUGAUCACUGACUUGAACCUGAGUCAUAAUCAAAUGAGCAAACUACCAGAGGAACUUGCUGAAUUACAAGCAUUAGAAAGGUUGGACAUUUCACAUAAUACUUUUAUUGCUUUGCCACCCGUUACAUGUCGGAUACCGCAACUUAAGCGGCUCCUUGCCAACAACAAUUCCAUCAUUGACAUAGAUAUCGAAAGACUCAGGCAUGCUCCUGCGUUAGAAUUUAUUGAUCUUCAAGCCAACCCGUUAACAGCAAGGAUGCACGAUUUACUCAGUACUUUGACCCGAAUUAAAAUUGAAUUAACGCCUCGACAAGUUGAAGAAUGGGAAGAUCUUACUAUUUGAAAUGAAUCUAUAGCUCAAAGAAAACAAUAAAAUCUGCCAAAGCAGUUAAUCGUCGAAUAAUCGUCCAAUUUGGACGUAGUUUGCUUCCAUUAUUAUUGACUGAAAUUGUUCGAAAGUUCGCUAACAUAUUGUUAAGUGAAUUAAGAACAAAAGCAAGUAUUUUGUACAGUAAUAAAAUAUCAUACGACUGAGCGAUAACAGGUGUGACGAUAAGCGGCAAAAAUGAUCAGAAAAUAGUAUAUAUUUCUUUAAUUGAUGAUUUUCAUAAUCUGUACUUAAAGAUAGAUUUGCCGCGUACCUGGAACUUUUUUUAUUGAUCUCGUGGAUAGCGAUCGAUUGUCAUUUCUUUUACUCUCGUUUUGUACCGUGUGGAUUUUUUUAGAUGUUAUUCUGCUGCUCGCUCAUUUGGCCCACGCAAUGCUGUGAUCCAUGUAAGUACAUAUAACAUUGCGAGCUGUCGAUUCGAUUUACUACUAUAUUUUUACUAACUCCAAAUAAGUAUCCUGUAUAUUUAAGAUAUGUUUUAUUAUUUUUUAUGCGUGGACUUGACAUAUUGCGACGUACAUAUUGUAUAAUAAAUCGUACGACUGCCAAUUUAUAGGCGAUCUAAUGCUAACAUCUUCGCCAUAAAUUUUAAUUUUAUAAAAGCAUUGAAGAGAAAGAGAAGAAAAUAAAACAUAUAAAUUCAGUAUACUGUUUAUAAUAUACAAAAUUUCAUGAUUUUUUUUUCUUUUUUUGCUUAGAUACGUGCAAGAAUUUUACAAGAACGAUUGUAUUUAAUUUAUAUAAACAAUAUGUAAAAUGUAUUAAAUUGUAUUAUAUACUAAUUGUAAUGUAGUUCUAUGUAUAUGCACAACAAGUAUCAGAAUGUAUUGCUCUGUAUUUCUGAUCUAGUCAAUUGUCCGCGAAACGUUAUAAUAUACUUUAAGAAAUACA